AUGGAAGAAGAAGAGAACCCAUUAGAUCAAUUAGGAGUAAAGUUCGUUGACCAAGAUGAGUUAGAGCAUGAUAUAACUAAGAAGGCCAAUGAGGCUUUGAUUAAUAAAGAUACAGAAUUAGAUCAAAAGAGAUUAGAUAAAGCUAAUAAUGAUUAUAAUAAAGUCCUGUCUAAAUUAAGAAUAUUGAGGAAUAGAUUAUCCAACCCAAGGACUAAGAUUUCACAACGCAGACCACUUAAAGAUGAAUGUGAUUGGAUUGAAAAAAAUGAGCUAGAACCUUUAAAGCAAGAUAUAGUUGAUAUAACGAAUAGAUUAAACGAAAAUAAAUCACAACUAAAUGAGUCUAAAAAUCAAGGUAGUCAAAAGAAAUCAACUCAGUUUAUCAAUGAGAAGUUACCUGGAGAAUCUGAAAGGGAUUUUCUUAUACGUACAGGUAAAAUAACUGCGUUCGGGAAUGAGAACGCAUUUCACCAGGAUAAGACAAAUGAUUCGGAUGAUAUCAAGAGUCAUGUCUUUUUAAGGGCGCCAGGAUUUGAAGAUACAAAUGUUAGUACUCAGGAUGAUGAUGAUUAUGACUAUGGAUCAACAGAAAAUGCUACGCCUGCUCUGUAUAAUGAAACGAAUAAGAGGAAGCAACUGGAAAUGCAUGGUUCAGAAAACGAAAGUGAUUAUUCCCCACUUGAGGAGAACCAGAAUGCUCUGGAAGAAGAUGAUAUAGAUAAUGAGAAUGUAGUCGAUGAUGAUUACGAUAUUUAUAGUGCUCCAAACGAUGUCGUAACAGAAUCGAAGAAAUUGGAUACGCAACGUAAUGUGGAUGAUGGGGAUGAAUAUUUAUAUCAAAUACGGCUUAAAAAUUGGGUAAAAAGAAGGUCUGAGCUUAGAAAAAAGACAGAUGAAACAACUAAUGAAACAACUAAUGAAACGAACGAUAAGGAGGAAUGGUUUAAGCCGCAUCCUACAAUACCUGAUGCUGUACUCAACUCGAAAUUUAAGUUGCCAGGCGAUAUAUAUCCAUCCUUAUUUGAUUAUCAAAAGACGUGCGUGCAAUGGCUUUGGGAACUAUAUUCCCAAAAGACAGGAGGAAUUAUAGGUGAUGAAAUGGGAUUAGGGAAAACAAUUCAAAUUAUUUCAUUCCUAGCUGGAUUACAUUAUUCUGGUUUGUUGGAAAAACCAGUCUUGGUAGUAGUACCGGCAACUGUCAUGAAUCAAUGGGUUAAUGAAUUUCACAGAUGGUGGCCACCGUUGCGUUGUGUUAUUUUACAUAGUAUCGGGUCAGGUAUGGGUAAAAAUGCAAUCCAUUCAGAAGAAAAAAUUGAAGCAUUUUUAGAAACGACUGACCCUAGUUCAGUUAAAAAUGAUUCAUUUAAAGGCAUUAAUAGUCAUAUUCGUGCAAAAGAAAUUAUAGAUACAGUAAUGGAGAAAGGUCAUGUUUUGGUAACAACUUAUGUUGGUUUGAGAAUAUAUUCUAAAUAUAUUUUACCUCGACAAUGGGGAUAUGUGGUUUUGGAUGAGGGCCAUAAGAUAAGAAAUCCUGAUCUGGACAUAUCUUUAACAUGCAAACAAAUUAAAACUUAUAAUAGAAUUAUCUUAUCUGGAACUCCGAUUCAAAAUAAUCUUAUUGAAUUAUGGUCCUUAUUUGAUUUCAUAUUUCCGGGAAGAUUAGGAACUUUACCUGUGUUUGAACAGCAAUUUUCUGUGCCUAUCAAUAUGGGUGGAUAUGCGAAUGCGUCGAAUGUUCAAGUUCAAACCGGUUAUAAGUGUGCUGUUAUACUUAGAGAUUUAAUAUCCCCGUACCUCUUAAGGAGAUUAAAGAGUGAUGUAGCUCAGGAUCUCCCCAAGAAAAAUGAAAUGGUUUUGUUUGUUAAAUUGACUCAAUAUCAACAAGAUCUUUAUGAGAAAUUCCUCAAUAGUGAAGAUUUGCACGCUAUAUUAAAAGGUAAAAGAAACAUUUUAAUGGGUGUUGAUAUAUUACGAAAGAUUUGCAACCACCCUGAUUUAGUUGAUAGGGAAAUAUUACAGCGUCGGAAGAAUUACAACUACGGUAAUCCUGCAAAAUCAGGAAAACUACAAGUGCUUAAAAAUUUAUUGCAAUUAUGGCAAAUGCAAGGGCAUAGAACCUUGUUGUUCUGUCAAACCAAGCAGAUGCUAGAUAUAUUAGAAAAAUUUGUCACAAACUUGCCAUCACUAAACGAAAAUGGUGAAGAGGUACGUGGAACGUUUAAUUAUUUGAGAAUGGAUGGAUCAACUCAUAUUGGAAGAAGACAAGCAUUAGUUGACACCUUUAAUGAGGAUAAGCAGUACCAUGUAUUUUUAUUGACAACCAAAGUUGGAGGAUUGGGUAUUAAUUUAACUGGUGCUGAUAGAGUUAUAAUUUAUGACCCGGACUGGAAUCCAUCAACAGAUAUUCAAGCAAGAGAAAGAGCAUGGAGAUUGGGACAAAAAAAAGAUAUAACAAUUUAUAGACUAAUGACUGCUGGGUCGAUCGAAGAAAAAAUCUAUCAUAGACAAAUAUUCAAGACAUUUUUGACAAACAAAAUUUUAAAGGAUCCUAAGCAAAGAAGAUUUUUCAAAGUUAAUGAUUUACAUGACUUGUUUUCAUUGGGCGAUCAAGAUGAAGUAGGGACGGAAACCGGCGAUUUAUUUAAUGGGUCUGAAACCAAAUUUAAUGGGAAUAAAGACAGAAAGUCGAACAAGUUAUUCAAGCCUAAGCAUAAGAAUGAUGAUGACUUUUAUCAGGUUGCAAACAUAAGUGGGGUUUCAAAACUUGACAAUUUUGAGGGUGACAAUCAGGAAAAAGAUGGUGAACAAGAUGGAAAUAAGGAUGAAAGUAGGAUAAUGGAGGGAUUAUUUGCUAAUAGUGGAGUUCACAGUGCGUUGAAGCAUGAUGAUAUUAUGGAUUCGUCAAAGCAAGAAGUUUCGAUUAUCGAAAGAGAGGCGAACAGAGUUGCAGCAGAAGCGGCCGAGGCAUUAAAAAGAUCAAGAAAACUCACGAGGAAAAAUAAUAUCGGUACUCCUACGUGGACAGGUAAGUUUGGGUUGGCCGGUAAAUUCGGUCCUAAAGUUAAUAAACGAACGAAACUCUCGUCUAAUGAUAAUUCUUCGAAAUUGUUAUCGUCAGCAUCGAUUUUAAGUGAAUUGAAGCAGAAAAAAAAUAAAUCUGAUACUGUAUUCGCUAAGAAAUCAGCUAACAAUGACAAGAAGUUUGAUAGACAAGAAACGCUCGACAAAUUGAUUAGCUUUCUUGCAAACCAGAAUGAUCAUUUUAGUACCUCGAACAAUAUCUUGACCGAUUUAAAAUUGGAAUUAAACGACGAGAAGGACAUGAUCUUAGUUCGAUCAAUGUUAAGAGAGAUCGCUACGUGGGAUACUCCUCGUAAAGGGUGGAUUUUAAAAGAAGAGUUUUUAACCAAUAGUUAA